GCCAACCAGGGUUUUCUAUUGACAUUGUAUCUGGAAUAUUUUCCAUGUCCUUCAAUAUUCUUCACAAGGUGUGGUUUUCUGGACUCUGUUUUUCUGAUAAAGGAACCCUGAGGACCGAUCAGCUCUUGCAGGUCUAAAACCAUGGCCCGGGGACCAGUAACAUUCAGGGAUGUGGUCAUAGAGUUCUUUCCGCAUGAGUGGGAAUUUCUCAACUCACUUUAGAAGAAAUUGUAUCGCGAUGUGAUGAUGGAGAACCAUAGUAACUUGGUCUCACUGGGCCAUUCCAUUUCUAAGCCAGACAUAAUUGAGUUAUUGGAGGAAGGAAGAAACCCCUGGAUGAUUGUGAGAAAAGAAGCAAGAAGCUGGAAUACAGAUUUGGAUUCAAGUUAUAAAAUAAUCAGUGAUAGAAAAAUAUUUGUAUCUGGGAAACAUUCAUCUCUUUUUCUGCAUCAGAUCAUUCAUGGUGGUGAGAAACCCUAUGAAGAAUGUGGGAAGGCUUUUUGUUGUGCCUCAAACCUUGCUCAACAUGGAAGAGUUCAUACUGGAACAGACUGCCAGGACUCCAAGAUGGUGUCAGUUUUACCACUGAAGAAAAAGAAACUCCUGGAUGUCAAAUUAAGAGAGCUGCCAAACUGGAUACUAAUGCGAGAUUUCAUCCCUAAAGGCAUUGCUGGAGCGUUUCAAAGAGGUUAUUGCCAGUAUUAUAACAAGUUAAACAUGAAGAAAGGGAGUGUCGCUGGGCUUUCUAUGGUGCUGGCGGCUUACAUCCUGAUCAACUCUUGCUGUUCUUACAAGGAACUUAAACAAGAGCAGCCAAGCGAGUACCACUGAAGAGGGCACAUUCUUCAUUCCUGACCAUCACCUUUGCCAGGCACCCCUGAAUCCUUUCAUAGCCUAGUGGAGAAUUAACACCCAAUUAAAGAUGACUGGUUAAAAAAAAAAAUCUCUCUUAGCAACUUUCAAAUCAAGUAAUAUGAAUUAUAAUCACCAUUCUGUAUAUUACAUCCCCAUGAGUUAUUUACUUUAUAAUUGGAAAUUUGUGGCUUUUGGCCUUCUUCACACGUUUCAGCCACUGCCUCUGGCAGUCAUUAGUUUCUUCUAAUGUUUCUUCUGUAUCUGUGACUUCCGUUCCAUCUUUUUGUCUUUGAUUUUUUUUCCCCCAGAGUCCACAUAUAAAUGAGGUCAUACAGUAUUGGUAUAUGUCUUUCUCUGUCUGACUUCACUUAGUACAAUGCCCUCAUCCAUCCAUGUUGUCACAAAUGGCAGGAUUUCCUUCUUUUUAUUAUUGGAUAAUAUUCAAUUGUAUACAUGCCACAUUAAAAAAAAAUCUCUUGAUGAUGUCUUGUUUCCAUGUCUCUAAAAAAUGCUGCAUUGAACACUGGAGUGUAGAUAUAUUUUCAAAAUAGUGAUUUUGGUUCCUUUGGGUAAAUACCAAGAAGUGGAACUGUUGGGUUAGAUGGUAGUUUCUAGUUUUAAUUUUUUGAGAAAUCUCCAUACUGUUUUUCAUAAUAUCGGAACUAGCUGACAUUCUCUCCAGCAGUGUAUUGCUUCCCUGGUGGCUCUCAGAUGAUAAAGAAUCUGCCUGCAGUGCGGGAGACCGGGGUUCGAUCCCU